AUGGCUAUCGCCCCACUCUCCCUUUGGAACACCCUCUGGACGACCCUUUAUUCCCACGCUCCACAACCGCCUUGGAUCGCCUUGUCUCCUGGACAACCCCUUUCACCCCGCGACACCUACCCCGCUGCUGUCCAGAAGGACAAGCACUCCCGCUCCGGCCUCACCAAGACCGAACUCGCCCACAAGUCCGGCGCCGGCAGACACAACUGGGGUUCCCUCCGCACCAAGGGCGACGACGAGUCCACCGGCCGCCAGGACGGCGACCUCGAAGUCCUCGACGAGCCCAUCCCCGACGAGGCCACCGACAUAUUUGUAUUCGAGUCGGAGGGCGAUGAGUUCCCAGUCGGCCGAAAUCUGGCCAGCGAUGCUGGGAAUGACUUCAAGGGGUUGAAUAUUCAGCAGAGGGACGCAAAGUUUGAGUCUCAAGGCGUCGCGACGUCGCCUACCGAGAGCACUGGUAGCCUCGACUCUGUUGACAGGCCCGACCUCGGUAGGAGGGGCAGCUCUGUCACUGACCAAGAGCGUGAGAAGGCCCGCCACUUUAGGGAAGGCGUGCUUCACAAGAAGGCUGGUCGAGGAAUCGACCUCGCCGACAUUGCCAAGACGUCUUACGGUAUCGCCCAGUCGCCCCCUACCAACAGCUACAUCGGCACCAGCCCUUCCAAUGGAUUCCAUCUCUCCAAAUAA